AUGUCGACCGAAGAGAUCCCCUUCACCCAGUACCUUGCAGAGCGGCUGAAGCAAUGCGGCGUCAAGUCCGUGUUCGGCGUUCCGGGCGAUUACAAUCUCGAGCUCCUGGAUUACAUCGAGAAGGACGACACGCUGCAAUGGGUCGGGAAUGCCAAUGAGCUCAAUGCGAGCUAUGCGGCGGACGGGUAUGCGAGGGUGAGCGGCGGGCUGGCGGUGGUCAUAACGACGUUUGGCGUAGGCGAAUUGAGCGCUCUAUGCGGUAUUGCUGGAUGCCUGGCAGAAAGGGUGCCGGUGCUGCAUAUUGUCGGAUCUCCCAGUACACAGAUGCAGUCAUCCAAAUCACUUCUUCACCAUACCCUGAACCUUCCCACCUCAUUCGAAACCUUUUCCAAGAUGUCCGAGCCGCUCUCCUGCUCGCAGGCUAUACUGAGCCGCGUCUCGCCGGUCACCAGUAGCACGUGGACCGAGGAGCUCGAUCGGGUCAUCAAGGAUGUCCUGCAGCAGUGUCGGCCGGGAUAUGUCGAGAUCCCCACGGACGCGGUGCAUCAUAAGGUCUCCUCAGCUGGUUUAAACAAGCCCCUGCCACACCCCCACUCUGCUCCACCGGUCGAGCAGCAGGAUCCCACUCCCUCCUCGCAAACGAACUCAUCUGCCCCGAUGAUGACAGUUCCUGGUCCAGCGCCUUCCGAUGAGGUCACGGCUCACGUCGUGGGCGAGAUCACUAAGCGCUUUGCCGAGGCUGAGAGACCAAUCGUGGUGAUUGACGCAUGUGCCGGGCGAUUCGGGAUGGCUGGGACCGUCCGAAAGUUGGUCGAGGGAUGUGGUAUUCGCUUCUUUGAGACUCCGAUGGGGAAGAGCCUGCUAGAUGAGCAUCAUGAAUUGUAUGGCGGAUGCUACGCUGGAGCGAAUAGUGUGGAUGUGGUCAGGGAAGAGGUGGAGGGGGCGGACUUUGUGCUUUUCGUGGGAGCGCUCAAGAGUGACUUCAACUCGGGUUCCUUCUCGGUGAACAUUGACCCGAAGAUCAUCGUCGAGCUUCACUCGUUUACGACCCAUGUUGGGUACGCUUCAUAUCCCACCACCGAUAUCCGCCACAUCCUUCCUCUUCUCGUUCCCGCGUUCGCUCAGGCAGUAUCUCAAAAGCCCAAGAAGGCGCAUGGCGACUCGUUCGCCGAGAAGAUCAAGGCGGACCGGGUGGAGGUGCCGCUGUCUGAGCCGAAGGGACAAGAAAUCAAGCAUGAUUGGUUUUGGGGCAGGAUGGGGAAGUUCUUCAGGGACGACGACAUCAUCAUCACCGAGACCGGAACGUCCUCGUUCGGACUGCUCAAUGUGCCCUUACCGUCAAAGUGCACCUAUGUUUCGCAGAUAUUGUGGGGGGCUAUCGGGUGGUCUGUCGGGGCUACACUCGGAUGCGUUCUCGCUGCACGCGAGCAAAAGAGGGACAGGCGGACGGUGCUUUUCGUGGGCGAUGGCAGUUUGCAGUUGACCUUGCAAGAGAUCGGUACCAUGCUCCGACGCGGUCUCUUCCCUUACCUCUUCGUGCUCAACAACGACGGCUACGAGAUUGAGCGGCAGAUCCACGGCGAGACCGCCGAGUAUAACGAUAUCCAAAUGUACGACCACCAGGUGCUGCUGCCAUUCUUGGCCGGGAAGAAGAUCAAAACACCCCACCAGUCGUAUGAAGUCCACACCCCUUCCGAGCUCUCGGCGUUGCUCGACGACCCGGACUUCCAAAAGCCCGAUCGACUGAGAUUGAUCGAGGUCUACAUGCCUCGAGGCGACGCGCCUGCGGCUCUUGUCAAGCAGGCAAAGUUGACAGCUGAGGCGAACGCCAAAGCGUAA